GGCCGGGGGGAGCGGCUGCCCGAGAGGAGCGGGCGGACGGGCAGGGCCGGCCCGGGCCCACCUGAGCCUCUGCGGGGCUGUGGAAGGGGCACCCGGGGAUACCCGGUUAGAUAACGAAAGGAGCACGUUCCCCUUGAGUGACGGAAUCGCUGCGGUUGGAAGGGGCCUCUGGAGAUCUGCCAAGGCAGGGUCACCUAGAGCAGCUUCCAUAGGAGCGCGCCCAGGUGGGCUUGGAAUGGCUCCAGAGAGGGACACUCCACGACCUCCCUGGGCAGCCUCUUUGGUGCUCUGCCAUCCUCAGCGUGAAGUUCUUCCUCCUGCUGAGGUGAAACUUUUGUGUUUCAGUUUAAGGCCAUUGCUCCUCCUCCUGUCGCUGGGCACCACCGAAAAGAGUCUGGCACCGAUCUCUUGGCAGCGCCUUUGCGAUACUUCCAUGUAUUAAUGAGAUCCCUCUUGAAGGCGGAGCAGGUCCCCAAGGAGGCUGUGAAACCCCCGCGCUCAGGCUGCGCAGCCUGGCUGGACACUUACCCUAGUUGUUUAGGUGUAUUGAAUAAAAUGCCAUGGGGAAUUCCAAGAGAUUAGUCGCAGUGUGGUAUGCUAUGUAAAUACUGUCUGGUCUAAGCUGAAGAGCAGCGACACAAAUGAUGCUUUGGAGGUCUCAGUCCCCAGAGGCCCCGUGAACUCGUAACUGUGUUCUCCUGGCUUAGAUUAGAUGCAGGGAAACUUUUGAGAGGCAGAGAGUGACGCUGAGAAGGUCUUUAAUGUCAUAAUCCCACACAAACAUCACUAGAUUUCAAUUGCACUUUAAAAUAUUUUAUCUUUCUGAUUUCAUUUUUAUGGCCCUUUUGUGGAAGAAAAGAAUGAGCUUAACAGUGAGGUGCAAUUAGUUUUAUCUCUAGUCUGCACCAUAGUUGUAUGACCUUCUAGUGUUCACUCAGACUAUGUAACAUUCCCCCACAGCCCCAUGAAGGUGCUGGGUAGACACAUAAUAUGUUAUGUGUCUCAGAGAGCUAUCAGCAUCUCAUGCAACCAUGGUCAGAGCAUUCUGAGUAGCAUAUUCUGUGCCUCAGAAAGCUAUCAGCAUCUCAUGCAACCAUGGUCAGAGCAUUCCGCAAGUGCUCUGCAGUCUUUAAUCAGCCUGCCAAUAUCUGGCACACUUUUGGUGUUUAGUUUAACUGUGAAUUCACAUCCAAGUGAUAAUACAAAAUGAUUGGGCUGUUCAGUGUUAGGCAAUAAAUCCUGGAUUAGCAGAUCUUCCAAAUCUCGAUGUCCUGCUUCCUGGAAAAACCUUCCUCUUACAGCUCAUUUCUGCAUCUGGCUCUGUUUGUGUGGACAGUGCCUUAUAAGGAUAGAAGUGGAAAACUAGAAAGUUCUGUUCUGUAAUAGCACAGAUGAAUAGUAAUAAAAAAGGCUUUCUUCAUAGAAUUGUAGAAUAGUUUGCAGUGGAAGGGGCCUCAAAGGUCAUCUAGUUGCAAGCCCCCUGCCAUGGACACCUUCCACUGGACCAGGCUGCUCAGAACACCAUCCAGCCUGGCCUUGAGCACUUCCAGGGAUGGAGUAUCCAGAACUUCUCUAGGGAGCCUGAUUAUCUCACCACCCUCACAGUAAACAAUUUUUUCCUAAUGUCUAAUGUAAACCUACUCUCUUGCAGUUUGAAGCCAUUCAUCCUUGUCAUGCCAUUCCAGGUCUUUGUAAAAAGUCUUUCUCCACCUUUCUUGUAGGCUCCUUUCAAGUACCGGAAGGCCGCAAUUCGGUCACCUCAGAGCCUUCUCUUUUCCAGGCUUAACAAUCCAAAUACUUUCUAAGACUGUGAAAAGAAGUGAUAUUAAAAUUGAUUUUCCCCAUAUCUAAAGACUGGUUUCUUACAGUACUGCACAGCUUCUCAGUUUUCUAGAACGUUUCUUUGCAGUGGUAAUGAUGAGCCAGGUUCCUUUCUGAGGGUUGAAUUGGGCUUUCAGAUACAUCCGUGUAUAUUAGUGUUAUUCAUGAAUAAUGGAAAUCAGGUAACCAGGAACCACGUGAAAGGAUUGUGAAUGGUGAAUUUCCCCCAUCUGCUUUACAUAUCUCCUACCCACCUUCCAACCCAGUGAAUUACUUCCUUUGUAGCAUACUUUUCAUAUAGAAGUACAUGGGUUUCAUGGGAGAUCUUUCAUAGAACAUGGAAAAUCAGAAUUGUAAAAUCAUAAGAUAGGACUAAAAUGUUUCUAUGUCUUGCAGAUGUAAAUGGUAAUAAAAUUAUUCUAAGCAUGGUUGUUUUGCUGGUUGUUUUUCUUUACAGAGUUAUAGUGAACAUCCUUCACAGUGUCCAGGGGUACCAUUCAAAGACAAUACAUUUUCUGAAUGUGGCUUUUGACAGUUCUGGGGAUUCUCUCCUCGCUGGAGACCGCCAAGGGAAUAUAUAUGUUUUUGACUUGAAUGGGAACAGGUUCAACCUCGUUCAGAGAACAAUGCAGGCUUGCACUGCUUUGGCAUUUAAUCUUCGCAGAAAGACAGAAUUCCUUGUGGCUUUGGCAGAUUAUUCCAUUAAGUGCUUUGAUACAGAAACCCAGGAGCUAGUUAGUUGGAUGAGAGGCCAUGAAUCUUCUGUGUCUUCCAUCUCUGUCCAUGAGUCAGGCAAGUUUGCCAUCACUACUUCCACUGAUACAGCUCAACUGUGGGACUUGGACACCUUUCAAAGAAUAAGAAAGCUGAAUGUUCGUCAGUCUGUUGGUAUACAAAAGGUUUUUUUUCUUCCAUUGAGUAACACCAUUCUCAGCUGUUUCAAAGAUAAUUCUGUUUUUGCAUGGGAAUUCGAUACUCUUCACUGUAAAUACCAGUUGUCAGCUCCUGUAGAAGGUUUUGUAUUAUUUUAUAAGGUGUUUGCUGUUACCAGGGAUGGCCACACUUUGGUAGCUGGUGGGAAAUCAAAUCAUCUUCACGUAUGGUGUUUGGAAUUAAAGCGGUUGAUAAGAAUAAUCCAGAUGCCUGAGAAAGUGCGAGCUGUCCGUCACCUGGAAUUCCUCCCUGAUGAAUUUGAUGGGGGCUCCAAUCAGGUCCUCGGAGUGUUGAGUCAAGAUAAUGUUAUGAGAUUUAUCAAUAUAGAAACAUGCAAACUUCUUUUUGACAUUGGGAGUCCUGAGGAUGGAAUUAGUACAGCAGUGAUUAGCCCGAAUGGACGGUAUAUUGCCUCAGUAAUGGAAAAUGGAAGCCUUAACCUAUACAGUGUCCAAGCUUUGACUCAAGAAGGAAAUAAGCCUCCACCAUUCAUGUUCAAAGUUGUAGAAGAUGGACCCAAGUACACCUCAGAGGCAAAUAAACUGAUCACAAAAGUGACUUCAGGAAGGUCAAAGGAGCCAUGGAAAUCCAAACAAAGCAAAAUUCAAAGCAGAUUGCUAAAACUGCAAGCAAAUACAUCACUUGAAAAUAAAGAGAAUGAAUUGCCAGGUGGAUUAAACAAGAAACGUCUGCAGGCCUUAUUGAAAGAAUUUGGAGAAUAUCCAGCUAAGUACAGGAUGUUUGUUUGGCGUUCCUUAUUACAACUUCCUGAAAACCACUUGGCAUUCAGUAGCCUGAUAGAUAGAGGAAUCCACAGUGCAUUCGUAAAUAUUCAGAAAGAGUACCCUAUCAAAAGUGGGAAACUGCUGAGAGUUCUACAGAGGACAUUGUCAGCUCUAGCCCACUGGUCUGCUAUCUUUGCUGAGACACCUUACAUGCCUUUGCUAGCAUUCCCAUUUGUAAAAUUAUUCCAGAACAACCAGCUGAUCUGUUUUGAAGUUGUUGCUACAGUAGUAGUUAAUUUUUGUCAGCACUGGUUUGAGUACUUUCCCAAUCCUCCAUUUAACGUCCUUGGUAUGGUGGAAAAUGUUUUGGCACAUCAUGAUAAAGAACUACUUCAGCAUUUAAUAAAAUACAAUGUGACUUCACAGGUUUAUGCUUGGCCUCUCCUAGAAACACUAUUAUCUGAGGUUCUAACAAGAGAAGAAUGGCUGAAAACCUUUGACAAUAUUUUCUCCAACCAUCCUUCAUACUUUCUAAUGAUUGUCGUUGCCUAUGUUAUAUGUUCCAGAGCUCCCUUGCUCCACUGUAAUCAAGCAGCAGAUUUUGAGUAUUUCUUUCAUCAUCGUAACAACGUGGACAUUAAUGUUGUGAUUAAGGAAGCCUAUCACCUUAUGGAGGCUACACCGCUGGAUAUCCAUCCACAGCAUAUGCUUGAUGACUUCACACCACUUACAAAAGGACAGUACCCUGUGUUUAAUAAAUAUCCCGUGUUCAUUGUGAAUGAUCAAGCUCAGAAAUGGGAGAAGAUCAGACAGGAUGAAAUUGAAUACCUGCGAGAGAGACAAUUAGCACAUGAAUCAGAAGCCAAAGCACAGGAACAAAAAGCAGAAGAUGAAGCCUGGUAUCGAAAGCAGAAAUUACUUCGAGAAGCUGAAGAACAGAGGCAAAAAAUCCUAUUGGAAGAAGAGAAGUUGGCAGAACAGAGCCAGAGGCUUGCUGUUGUGAAAAGAGAACUGAAAGCAAAGGAACUGCAGCUUUUAGAUGUUUCAAGAAGGUGUUUUCUAAACUACCAGCAAGAUCAGCUUCAAAUGGAACUGAAACGUCUUGAUGAUGAAAUUGCAAGAAAGCAUCUAAUCAAAAACCAAGAGGCAGUUACAAAGGAAAUGAAAGAUGAGGUGGAAGCCCAUCAAAGAAAGGUGGCUCUGAAAGGUGUUCAGAGAUUGAUAGAAAUAGAUAAAGAAGAAAUACAGAAAGCUCAUACAGUGGCUGAAGAAAAUUUAGCCAAAGCUGAGCAGAAGCACACUGACACCGACUGGAGGCUGCAACAGCAGCGGAGACUCAGGCGUGAUGACCAGGAGCAGGAGAAGCGCUACAGGGAGAUUGUCGAGCUCCUGCAUGACAACAGGGUGAAAGAAGCUGAACUGCUGAAGGCCAUGAGGGAGACAGAAGAAAAAAAGAAAGAUGUUGUACAGAAUAAAGCUCAGCUGGAGGAAGAGCAGAAGGCGGCUGCUGCUGUAGAUGGGCACAGGAAGCAGUUCUUAGAUGACAAAAGGAAUGAUGAGUUAAAAUUGGCUGAGAAGCUGCAAAGGGAGGAUGGCCAUUUUGAGGGACUGCACAAUUUAAAGGCCAGGUGUCCAGAGAGAGGGGUAGAAGUCCACCAGGUUCCAAGGCCUGGAAACAUCUGUCUCAAUGAUUUGUCUACAUUAGCAUCAUCACCACACAAAAAUGUCUUUGCUCCCAGGGAUGGCACAGACAGAAGACGAGCAGACCUGGCACGCCAGGAGUGGGAGCUGAUGGCAGAAGUCCGGCAGCUCAGACAAAGGCUCGCCUCACGGGCCAAAGCCAGGCACCCUCCAGCUCGUUUCCCAGCUACAACGUGGUCAUCUUGAGAAGAUUUGCUCUGGACCUUAGCUGCACUUUCAAAUUAUUAAUCAGUGAAAAGCUAAAUAUGUAUAGUGUGAUUCAGGAUGGAUCAUAGACUUAUUAAAGGCUUUUGGAGAUAUUUUUAUAUAAGAAUAAAAUCCUAGAAAAUAUGUUCUAGCUAGAAUAUAUGUCCUUUUUUUGUAGCCUUCUUGUUAUUUUUUACUUCUGAAAUAAACUCAUUUUUUACCAUUAA